UCUACUUCGCAUCGGCGUUUGGAGUUCCUACAGGAGCGUGCAUUCUGUUCGCAAUGCUCGCCCGGAGAGCACUGCCGCGUCUGCAGCAAUCGUUGAGACGGUACGGAAGGAGACCAUUCUCCACGACAGAGCUGAGCAAUGGCGUACGAAUGGCAUACGAGCUAUAUGAGCCAGAGAAUGGAAAGGCCGCAGAAGGUGCUCCGAUCAUCUUCGUUCACGGCUUGUUCGGGUCGAAGAGAAAUCAUCGGAGCAUGAGUAAAGUUCUCGUACGCGACUUGAAGCGACCGGUCUACGCUGUCGACACUCGAAAUCAUGGCGACUCCUCACACCACCCAGAGCACGACUAUACGAAGAUGGCGGAGGACCUGGAGCUCUUCAUCAAGCACCACGACGUCCAAAAGAGCACACUCAUAGGCCAUUCUAUGGGCGCAAAAGCAGUCAUGACAGUUGCACUACGCAAGAAUGUAAAAGUGGGAAACCUCAUCUCAGUGGACAAUGCACCAGUCGAUGCAGCAUUGAAGUCAGACUUCGCAAAGUACACCGUUGGCAUGAGGAGAAUUGAGGAGACCGGUGUGAAGUCUUUGAAGGAUGCAGACAAAAUAUUGAUGGAUUAUGAGGACAACAUGGCGAUUCGACAAUUCCUGCUCACCAAUUUGGCCCGAGACGAGGAUGGCAUGCAGAGGUUCAAAGUACCGUUAAAGUAUCUGACGAACGCUCUGAGCAAGCUGGGCGACUUCCCGUUCAAGGAUCCGGACGAGGCGCGGUAUGAGGGUCCGACGCUGUUCGUUCGAGGUACCCGGAGCCACUACAUUGCGGACGACAUGCUGCCCCUUUGUGGGAGGUUCUUUCCCAGAUUCGAGCUGUCCAGUAUUGACGCAGGGCAUUGGGUGAUAAGUGAGAAGCCGGAGGAGUUUAGACAGGGUGCGUGUCGAAUUCCGCAGCCAAAGUGUACAACUGCUAAUAGUGCUGGUAGCUGUGGUUGA